CUCCACUUGGAAUCCCGUUGGUCAUCGAGCCAUCGGGAUCCCAGCGCGGUCUUCUCCCUCGCAGUGACCUCAGAGAGUGUGUGUGAGAGAAAUGGCCCGCACUCGACAGUCAUCAAGGAGCCAAGGGACAGCAAGCAGUGGCGAGGAAGUAAAGGAGCAGCAGCCAGAGAGUAGGCGCAUGAGCAGAUACGCAAUGUCAAAAUUUCCGUACCACCUUCCCUACAAGUCGCUAGACCUCCGCAAAGAGCCCCACCUCUACAGGCCUGGACGUGGCGAGCAGGGCGUGCUGAUGGUGCAGCCGUACAAAGCCGAGCUGCUGCCCGCUUGGGCAUUCAAGGACGUGGAGACGGCCACGCGGAGCAGCAAGGACCUCGAGGCGCGGUUUUACGGCUACCUUCAAGAGGGCGACUUUGUAGGCGCCGACAUGACCAGAAAGUUCAUCCAGAUGGGUCAUACAAGGGCACGUCGGUAUGCCAAUCAUGCAGGCGGGAGAAAGUACGCAAAGAGCGAGGACAACAGCGCUGGGUUCUCGAAGCGAAAGAAUGAGCUGCCCCGGUCCAAGGAGGAUCCCGUCAAGGCCGAGAGCGCCGCCAUCUUCAAGGCGGUCCUUGAAAAAGUCAAGGUGGACAAACGCUAUCUCACUUUAAGGCAGGAACACGCGGAAAAGUACGAAGACAUCGAGAUUGAGGCCGAGGAGCAACAGACAUGAGGCAAUCACUCGUCAUUGGGCCAGAUCUUCUUGGCGACCUGCUUGACGAGACCCAGCUUUCUGGUCAUGUCUUCAAGGGCGAUGUUGUUGCCCUCCGAAUGCGACUGCAACGAUGCAAUUCAGCAAGGGGCCCGUGUGUGUGCGCGCGCAUGCGCUAGAAAAUCGUGGAAACUCACUGCAAAGCCACACUGAGGGCUUACCGCCAGCCGGUUGAGCGCCUCCUGCUCCGACUGUCCGACGGCUUUCGCCAUGAUCUUGGCAGCACUGCGCACCUUUGCCUCCAUGGCCUCUGGAGACUCGAGCUCGCCGACCUUGGAGGAAAUAACGCCGAGAACGACGAGCUUGUCGGCCGGCAUCUCGGCCAGCGGCUCAAAUGUACCCGCCCUCUCCGUGUCAUAUUCUACAUACCCUCUCUCUCAUGUUUAGCGACGAAUGCUUGAAUGGGAGAUGCAAUCUUGUCAGA